AUCUCUUGUUUCACUUAUGAUCAAGACUUGGUUAACCAGAGAGACGAUUGAUUCUUACCCGAAGCCACAUGUCUUCUCGAAGAGGCAGGCGCGGUGCCAGAUAUCGGUGACCAUGGGGAUCAGCGGGAGGCAAGUACGGCAAGACCAAGAAAUCAAGACAGAAUCAUAAGGUGCCUUGUUUCGUUAAGCCUUGCGCCUACUUGAAAUCAACACUCACAGUCAUCAACUUCCAAGAAAUCCCAGCCCACAACCAUUAGAUGUCAUCGAGUAUCACUUCUUACCCAGGAUGAACGACUUACCACUACGCACGAAGCGCGAAAGUUCCCCCGAGUCACAGAUCAAGACAGAGUCGCUCAAUGACCUCUUUGCUUCAGAAAGGGUCUUCAAUAACAUCCCAGUCUUUGGAGCAGAAACGGCUGGAUCUUCGACUGCGGCCCCUGCUGCCAACACACAGUCUUCUACUGUAGCAAUCGAGCGACAACCAGCCCAACAGAUGAAUAGGUCAAUCCUGAAAAGUAGAACACCGGGACCAGGAGAGCCUGGACCCUCAGCAAAGAACCAAAGACGACCACCUCGGCCCCAUGGCCCCCGGCACAGAGUCUCAUUUGCCCCAGGGACACAAGGAGGCCGUUUUCAGCCUGCGCGAGCAAGCAAAGCAGGCUUCGACUACCAUGCGCAGAUGGCACAGAAAACACCCAAGAGCCGACGCAAGCCCUUGCUGGCACCUACCAAGCCUGAUGGAAUGAAGAUGAUGGAUUUCGUUCGCGGGAAGAAGAACAGAAAGCUGGACGACUUGGCAUCAAGGGCCGCCAGGCAGACGGCGGAUGCUGAGGGGAUAGCGAGCGACGCUACUAUGGGGAGAAUGAAAGAACUUGGUGUCAAGAAGGAGGAGGAAGACUUGGACGUGAAGAUGGGAGCAAAUUAACGCAACGAGGGCUUGGAUGACAUCAAGCCUGGUUGGCCCUGGUUCAGCAGUUUGGAAUACUACUAGGCGUUUCCAAACAUCAAUGCGAUCACGUACCAGCAGGCAGGUGCCGUGAUCCGGGGGUGGCUCAAGUCUACAG